GUCCCAUCAAAAUUUUAACUCACACAAAGCACCAAAACGAACCUUAUAUAGAAGCCAAAGAAAUAAUCUCCCUCAUUUCCCAUUUCUCAUUUGUCAUAGUUUCAUUUCCACACCUCCCCAAUAAAAAUGAAUAGAAGCUUUUCAUCUUUUGCCAUUCACAUUCUUCUCUUAAUUUCAAUUCCCUUCACAUCAUCUCAAACAGAUGAAAACAACAAUUUAAUAGACCAAAUAUGCAAAAAAACACCCUUUUACGACCUUUGCACUUCAAUCCUAAACUCAAACCCACUAACCCCAAAAACCGAUCUCAAAAGUGUAGCACUUGUAAUGGUAAACAACAUUCUAACAAACGCAAGUGACACAUUAAAUUACAUUGAAGGGUUAAUUAAGAAAACCUCAGAUCGUGAAAUGGAACAAGCUUUGGCUUUUUGUGCUGAGUCAUACAUCCCAGUUGUUAAAUACACCCUCCCUCAAGCUGCUGAUGCUAUCACACAAAACCGUUUUGGAUUUGCAAGUUAUUGUGUUUCUGAUGCUGUUAAGGAAGUUAAUUCUUGUAACAAGAAAUUUUUAGGCUCUGUUACUCUUUUGUCACCAUUAGGGGAUAGAAAUGGUAUUGUGCAGAAGCUUGUCGAUGUUGCUUCUGCUAUUAUUAAACAACUAUUGAAGGGUUGAUUUUUUACUCUUCGCACCCCCUCUUCUUUAGUAUAGUUUAUGUAGCAGGUAAAUAGAAUACUUGUAUUUUUAUUCUUAUUAUUAUUGAAUAUUACAAUUAGAUCGUUGAUUUUAUA